CGCAUUCCCGCAUUGGCUGUGCAACCAACUUCAGGGCGCUUUACGGGACUCCAUAGCCGAACAUGGGGUUCAACUUUGUAACCGUUUGCGUAAAGUGACUGUGAAGGAAAACGCGAUGGAAAAGCACUUCUGAAACUGGAUAAAGUCUCGGUUUCUGUGAAGAAUUCAGUCAUCUCCAUCCGACUGCGUCUGCCAGAAAGUAAGAGAGAGAAAAGAGAGAGAAGGGAGGCUUUACUGGGAACUCAGACUUUCGCAGUCCUUGGACCCUCUGAGCUCUUCCAAGGACUCUGGGAAUCAAGUCAAAAAGUUUCAUGCUGAAUAUUCCUGCAUUGACCUGAGGUCUAGGGUGUAAGGGGAGCAGUAGGUCUCGGAGCUCCAAUGCCAGUGGACAUGCAGCCACACCAGGGGCUGUAUCACUAUGAGACCUCACCCAGCCACCCCUCCAGAGGCCUAGUCCCAUCAGACCAGUCUCCAUACAGUGAUGUGUCCUCGCUGCGUGCCCCGCCCCUCAACGGCCCUCCUCAGGACUGCAGAGCUAUGUAUAAUCCCAUGACUCCAAGUAUGACUCAUGGAUCAGGAUCAGGACAGGGGAUUGGCCACUGCUUGGAUCAGUAUAUGAGGCCCCCUCAGGCCCCUCCGCCACAUAGUAUGAUGGGCCACAGGGGCAUGCCGCCCACAGAGGGCAACAGCACCCCCUACUGUAACCAGAACAACAUGAUGUCCUCUCACCACAACUUCUGCCAGGUUCAGUCAGGCUCUGAUCAGAUUGGCUCAGGUGACGGCUCAAGGUUCUCUACACCUCGUUCCAUGCUGAAGCUGAGCAAAAAGAGAGCUCUGUCCAUCUCUCCUCUGUCUGAUGCCAGUGUAGAUCUGCAGACAGUCAUCCGGACCUCACCCAACUCCCUGGUGGCCUUUGUCAACUCUCGCUGCAACCCCAAUGGGGCCAGUUCUUAUGGCCAUCUCUCUGUGAGCGCCAUGAGUCCGUCCUUGGGCUAUUCCAGCAAUAUAAACUGCCAAUCCAGGCCACAGGUCUCCAUGUAUGGAGGAGGUGGGGGUACACCUAUGGGUGGACACACACCAGGUCCCUGCCAAGCUUCCCGCUUACCUCCCCAUAAUCCUCGGCUCCACGCUCCGCCCAAGCAUGGCCACCUGAAGACAGAGCCGGGGCUGGGAGGUGUGAUGGAUGGCAUGAAUGUGAAGAGCCUGGAGGAGAGGUCAGAGGGAGAUGUGGCCAGCCCUUCUUCCACUGGCACUCAGGACCCUCUCCUGGGUCUACUGGAUGGCAGAGAUGACUUGGACAAGGAGGACGGGAAACCUGAACCAGAGGCUGUCUACGAAACCAAUUGCCACUGGGAGAGCUGCAACAAGGAAUUUGACACACAAGACCAACUUGUUCAUCACAUUAACAAUGAGCACAUCCACGGAGAGAAGAAGGAGUUUGUGUGUCACUGGCAGGAGUGCUCUCGAGAGCAGAGGCCUUUCAAAGCCCAGUAUAUGCUGGUGGUUCAUAUGCGCAGACACACAGGAGAGAAGCCACACAAGUGCACUUUUGAAGGCUGUAAUAAGGCCUAUUCUCGCCUGGAGAAUUUAAAGACCCACUUGCGUUCUCACACUGGGGAGAAACCGUACGUGUGUGAACAUGAAGGCUGCAACAAGGCCUUCUCCAAUGCUUCAGACCGGGCCAAGCACCAGAACCGGACUCACUCCAAUGAGAAACCUUAUGUAUGUAAGAUCCCUGGCUGCACUAAGCGGUACACAGAUCCAAGCUCUCUGCGUAAACACGUGAAGACAGUGCACGGCCCUGAGGCCCACAUCACCAAGAAACAUCGAGGAGACACAGGACCUCGACCACCUGGCUCAGCUAUGACCCCUGGAGGCCAGAACUCUGAACUGCUGCUGGAGAAAGAAGAAACACGCAGAGAGGACUGCAAACUGUUGGCUCCUGAGACCGCUCUGAAAUCCCAGCCAAGCCCUGGUGGUCAGUCAUCCUGCAGUAGCGAACGUUCUCCACUGGGGAGCACCAACAACAAUGACAGUGGGGUGGAGAUGAACCUAAAUGCAGCAGGCAGUCUUGAAGAUCUCACAGCACUAGAGGAUGGAGUAACAGUUGGAGGAGGAGGAGGAGGAGGAGGGGAGCCAGUAAGUGUAGGAGGACCACUGGGAAUGUCAGCCCAGGCUCUGAAGAGGCUGGAGAACCUGAAGAUUGACAAGCUGAAGCAAAUCCGCAGACCAACCCCUCCUAGCCGCUGUGUCAACAACAAGCUACCUGCACUUCCUGGUUCAGGGGAGACUAUGGGAAUGUGUGCACCCUCUCCACUCCUCUCAAAUCGACGUGUUAUGGAGCUGUCCAACCAUGAGUUAGGAGGUGGAACUUCGAUUGGCUGCAAUUCUAAUGACAGGAGAGGAAGUGGCACCAGCAGUCUCAGCUCCGCCUAUACUGUGAGCCGUCGGUCCUCUAUGGUGUCUCCUUACCUGUCCAGCCGGCGCUCCAGUGAGGUCUCACAAAUGGGAGGAGCUGGAGGGGGAGGAUGCCACCUCCUAGGUCCAGAUCAGGGUGGGGGAGACACCCUCUCUCCUGAGACCAAUCGCAGAGGACCUCCCUGUCCUGGAGGAGGAUUGCCAGGUCUUCCUAAUUUAACACCUGCCCAGCAAUACAGUCUAAAGGCAAAAUAUGCAGCAGCAACUGGGGGACCACCACCCACUCCUUUACCCAAUAUGGAGCAGCCAGGCACUCCAGGCAGAAGAGGAGGUGUUUUGAGCGAGUACCAGGGGCAGCCUCUGCCUGCUUUCCUUCAGCAAGGUGGUCCACGUAGACACAGUGCCAACACAGAGUAUGGUACAGGUGUUAUCUACCCUCACCAGGCUCCGGGUAACAACAGCAGGCGAGCCAGUGACCCAGUGCGAUCAGCAGUAGAUCCACAAGCUCUCCCUAAGCGCUUCAAUAGCCUGAAUAAUGUAGCCAUGAUGGGCAGAAGGAAUGCAUUGCAACACCGUGGCUCUGACACCAGUCUUGCCCGCCAUAUGUACUCCCCUCGGCCACCUAGCAUCACAGAGAAUGUAAUGAUGGAGGCUAUGGGUAUGGAGCCCCAACUUGCCCCUGUGGAUGCCAGAGACCGUUCCAUGAUGAUGCUCCCCGGUGAGAGGAGUUUCAUGGGAUACCAGCAACAGCAUCAGACCCUUGGAGGGGGAGGUGGAGGACCUCUUUCAAACCAGCUGUCUCCUAGCCAUGACUCUCUGGGCUGCCCAGACCAAGGUUACAUGCAGGGGCACUACCAGAACCAGGGAGGGGAAGUCGCUUCCAGGGCUGGUGGAAAUCCAAUGGGCCAAGCAAGGCCUAUUCACCCAGAGGGCAUGUCUAAUACACUUCUCCAACAGGCUGAGUACAGUAUGAGCACCUGCCAGCUCAGUCCCUCGGGUCCCCAUUACCCUAGCUUAGGCCAGGGUGGUGAUGCUGGAGCUGGUACAGGCCCUUGGAGUGAUACCCACAGCCAGGUCCAAACUUCCAGCCAUGCUCUCCAGAACCAGCGAGGGAUACAGUAUGCAGACCCUAACAUGCAGCCUCAGCAGACACAGGCCCACUUCAACAAUCAGACAGGCCUCUAUAAUAGUCCGGAUGGAACCCACAAACUCACUAUCAAGCCUGAGCAGCAAUUCCACCCUGGGAUGGGAGGUGGGGACGCCUGUCAAAGUGCUAAGCUCCAACAGCAGCGGUUGCUCCUCCAGCAGUCUCAGGGCUUCCCACAACAGACAAGCCAGGUUAUGAUGAGGAACUCAAACAAUCCCAGCUGUGACUUUCAAGGACAGAACCAGAACUCCUUCCCUAGUGGAGGGGGCUUGAGUUUGGGCUGCGCUGGCUCGGCACUGUCUGAUGGGCAGAGGUCAGAAACCCCCAUGAUGCAGGUAAAGGAGAUGAUGGUGAGGAACUAUGUUCAGUCCCAGCAAGCACUCAUGUGGGAGCAGCAACAAGAACAGCAACAACAGCAGCAGCAGAGUGGAAUAAAACCUCCUCCUCUUUCUGAUAAUAUGGAUAUGACUGGCCAGACAGCAAUGAUGCAGCACAGUCCACAGCACCAAAACCAGAACCUUUACUCCGGCCAACCGUAUCCUUCCUACCCCAACCAGAACCUGGUCAUGAGUCCCCAGGCCCAUAGUCGAGGGCCCAGCACCGUAACACCUAAAGACCAGCAGCUGACGGGUCUCCAAGGCUCAUGCUAUAGUCAGGAGAUUGUGGUCCCCAGGCCCCCUCAGGGACGGAAACCUCUCAGUCGCCAGAACAGCCUGUCACAGGUAGGAGGAGGCUACUUGGGCAGCCCACCCCACCUCAGCCCUGUCCACUCCACUUCCAGCCCCAGACGAGGGGUCCGACUGCCUCCAGUCCAACAUCCACAGCACCCACAGCAUGAAAUGUUCUCUCCCUCCAAUAACAACAACAUGUACUACUCGGGUCAGAUCAACAUGGAUAUGGAGAAUCACAUGGACCCCCAGAACGGGCCUUGUCUCAGCCAGCAGCAUAGUAUGGGGUCAAACCUAGACCCAACAGGUGGCACAAAGCCUGCCCCCCUGGCUCCCUAUCCUGAGUCUGGCCCCAUCUCCAAUGCCUUAGAAAACCUGGAUCUGGACAAUGCUCGCAUAGACUUCACCUCUAUCAUCGAUGAUGCAGAGUCUUCCUCAUUCAGCCCAGUCAACAAUCCCCUUCAGGGUCAGCCAGGGUCUUCCUCCCAGGCCUUGUCCCGCCUCACCACCCCCCAGACUUCUGUCAGCCUAGCUGGCGGCUCUGGCCUGUCCAACAUGGCUGUUGGUGACAUGACGUCCAUGCUUACCUCACUGGCUGGGGAGAAUAAAUACCUGAACACACUGUCUUAGAGGAAGACUCUGGGGCAGCUUUUUUCCACACUAACAAUCAAAUAGAGGCCUUGGCAAGUUCUUAAUGUUUUGAGAUACCACAUGGAAUUAUAUGUAGCCCAAUAGCCAGAGGUAACCAGCCUGGGGUUCUAAGUCCUGUUGUUUAUGAUGACUGCCCAGUAUUCAUUACAUGCAAGUUCAAUUCAGGUAAGAUAGACAAACUUUUGAAUGGAACAUUUCGUGUAAUGGAUCAUUAGUCAGGGCUGUUUUAUACAACCCCAUAAGCCUUUACAUGUAAACCCCACACAUAAACUCUUUUCUCAAAGAGUGAGCCAGGACCUGUAAGUGGCAAUGGGUCUGUUCCUACUGGAUGCCAAUGCAACAGGAAUAAUGAUAUGUUGUAACUUGUUUGGGUUCCAGGUUGACAUUAAGCUAGUAAUAUGGUUCCAUCAAAGGUUUAGAAAUUGUAAGAAUCCCUACCCAAAACCUUAAAACCAAAGGUGCCUAAUCAACCUCCCUCGCUGUAUUGUUCCCUCGCUGCCUUUGUACUUGGUAUUUCUCUGUGCCUUACUGUAAGACAUAGAGAUAUAUGCCUGAUAUGAAACUGAUAAUGAACUUUUUCCAAACAGGCAUUCCAGUCACAUAGGGCUGUGGCAACAGUGGAGCAGAGAAGGAUACAUGUAAAUAAGUUUUAUAUACAUUUAUAUAUGUUGUGUAUAUGACAAUGGGACAGUGGAUAGAUCCUCUUCUGUCCUGUGAUAGACUGCUUUGAUUCUGAAGGCCAAUGUUCAGACGGGAGGUAGUGAGAUACUUGUUCGAAGAGUUGAGUGAAGACUAAAGAUGUGCUUUUAGUGAUUGAGAAUUAAUUUCUCGGUGCUACUAAAUAUUAAUCUGUAUUGCUAGGGAUUUCUUCCUUGUCAUGAACAACACACUCUGUACCAGUGGCAUAUCAGUAUUUCCACACAGCAUGCACAAAUGCACACAAACAUAGCCUACACACAGACACUCAGGACUUGUUGGUGUUUGAACCUUUGGUGUUCAAAUUACAUGUAUGUUGUAAUUGCCUUUCCAGACAGAGAGUUUGCACUCCACAUGUUUACUGUAAGUGUUCCUAAAGCAGCUGUGUACUUUUUUUUUCAGUGGUGUUUAUAACUGUAAAAUAGAAAGUGCGUGGCUCUUUCUAAGGUACAUACAUUGGGGGAUAAAGAGUAGAGCUCAAACAUAAUUUGUGUGCAUCCACCCCCUUCACAUUGUGUCUGAUAUAGUCAAGAUAAUGUCUUUGCUCAACAUUAACCCAACCUAUGACUCGUACAUGACUCAGCUGAGGAUGAUGGUCAUUUUUUAAUAAAACCUGAGUCAGCUAGUAUGUAUCUGUUAACAAACCAGUAGUAGUUGCCAAUAUUUGUGAAACUGAGGUACAUUCACAGUACAGUGCUGCUGCACUUCUGUUCUAAUCCCAAAGAGGAAUUAUCUGGAAAAUUCAGCAUUAUUAACUCAAGAUAGGGGAUCAAGAAGCGGGAAUUUUAUCAAUCACUACCACUGUAGUAAAAUACAUAUUGUAUAGGUACACUGAGGUACUUUUUGAUUAUUGAGCUGUAUCAUACAGAAAUAGGCUACAGCUCUUGGUAGGAGAGAACUAAUUUUACACUGUGGCUUUGCACUGACUACAGCACUGUGUGGAAAGGUCUCUGUUUCUUAUGACUAUUAACAUGAACCUCAUUUUCAAUAAAGAUUUAUCACAGUAUUUUUAAAAUAAUCAUUUAAGAACACAUCUGAGAACAGCUAGACCCCGUAAGGCCACAUAAAAGUAUUGCUGAAGCAUUUUUUUGUGACUUUUCAGAAUGAAACAGUAGCGUCACUUCAAAGUGUAACUAAGCAUUAACAGGAAUGAACAUUUCCUCAUUUUUGAAAAAGUGUACAACCUACCAAAGACACCUUAAAAGAUUACUGAGAAGAUGCACAAAUAGUCUAUUGUAACACAACACUAAUACUAGCAAUAAGGACAUGAACAUUGACUGAUAGUGCUGUUCUUUAGAAUGUAUGAGAUGUUUUGUAUAAAAUUAUCUUUUUAUAUUAAUGAACUUUAUGUAUGUUGCCUUCUA